UGGUCCUGCUUCGAGCAGGGGGUUGGACUAGAUGACCUUCUGGGGUCCCUUCCAACCCUUAUAUUCUAUGAUUCUAUGAUGAUAUCUCAUGAUUUGUUAUGGCAAGGUUUGUAUCAAACUCUUUUGAUACCAAGGUUAAAGACUUUUUUAAUUCACUAUUUUACUUACUGAGUAAGAAGGAAUUCCUUAUUUUCAAACCUGAAGAGCUGUUGAAAAGAGAAUAGGUUGAAUAUUUUCCAUUACCAUUGCAGCUGCAUUAAGGGCCCUUACAUGGGAAGUGCUGGUCUUACAGCAUUUACUAUUUGGCAUAGAAUUUGUCAAACACUGAAAAAUUAGGAAUUAUACGCCUGCUGGGGGAUAGGAAGAACAAUCCCUUAUGUUCUUUGAUAGGUUUAGAAACAUUAAGUACCAAAUGCAGAGUUUUGCUGGGGUAACGCCUGCCCUCCUGCAUUCUUAGAAUGAUUCAAGAGAGGGACAGCAGGGCCCGUGUGAGUUUAGGGAAGGAGGGAAAAAACUGCUGGGAUGGGCCACCCUGAAACUCAGCUGGCAGGAGCAGAGAGAAGCAUCUGCAAUAGGACCCUUAGACACUUAUGCCAUCUGUGUGCAACUGCUUUGUAGUUUUUACUCUGGACAUUCUUCCUUUCUGCUGAUUGGCUGUUUGCUCCAGCUCUCUCCUGCCCCCUCCUUGACCAUCUCUUCACUUCAGCCUCACUUCACCUACCCUCCAGAGUCCAUGCACACUUCUUUCUCCCAAUUCUCCUUCUCCUAUCCCUUACCUACACGCACACACUUUGCCCCUCUCUUAUUUAUUCCAUCCCAGCAAAACUAACAUGAUGUGCAGCUGACUAUUCUUCUUCACUUUGCUGGCUACCAAGUGACAGGGGUAUUUAUGAAGAACUGGGAUACUCUGGAUGAACAAGGAGUUUGUUCUGCUGACAAAGAUUGUGAAGAUGCUUAUAGAGUUUGUCAGAAACUGGAUAUCCCUUUUCAUCAAGUUUCCUAUGUCAAGGAGUACUGGAAUGAAGUUUUCAGUUACCUUUUAAAUGAGUAUGAAUUGGGAAGAACUCCUAAUCCUGACAUAAUGUGCAACAAGCAUAUCAAAUUCAAUUAUUUUCUCCAUUAUGCUCUGGAUAACCUUGGAGCGAAUGCAGUUGCAACUGGACAUUAUGCAAGGACUUCACUGGAAGAUGAAGAAAUUUUCCAACAGAAACCUAUUAAAAUACCACAAGGGCUUUUCAGAAACCGAUUUGAAGUUAGAAAUGCUGUAAAACUCCUUAAAGGCGCUGACCACUGGAAAGACCAGACCUUCUUCCUCAGUCAGAUUUCACAAGAUGCUUUGAGGAGAACCAUUUUUCCUUUGGGAGGAUUGACAAAAGAUUUUGUAAAGAAGAUAGCAGCAGAACAUGGAUUUCAUCAUGUGCUAAAGAGAAAAGAGAGUAUGGGAAUCUGUUUUAUUGGUGAAAGAAAUUUUGAAAACUUCAUUCUUGAGUAUUUAGAACCUCGUCCAGGUAACUUUGUUUCCAUUGAAGAUAACAAGGUGAUAGGAACACACAAAGGUUGUUUCCUGUAUACAAUAGGCCAGAGGGCCAAGCUAAGCGGCCUCAGUGAAGCUUGGUUUGUUGUUGAGAAAGAUACAACCUCAGGAGAUAUCUUUGUGGCACCAUCUACAGAGCACCCUGCACUGUAUAGAGACCUACUGCGGACAAACCGUGUGCAUUGGAUUGCAGAGGAACCUCCUGCUGAGCUAAUUAGGGACAAAAUGAUGGAGUGUACUUUCAGGUUUCAGCAUCAGAUGGCACUAGUGCCUUGCACGUUAACUCUAAACCAAGAUGGGACAGUGUGGGUGACACUAGUCAAGCCAAUAAGAGCUCUUACACCAGGGCAAUUUGCUGUGUUCUACAAGGGUGACGAGUGCCUUGGCAGUGGAAAAAUCAUGAGGCUGGGCCCAUCAGUGUACACCUUGCAACAGGGCAAAAGCAGAGAGCAGGAUCCAAGGUGUGUGUUAGCAGAGACCAAGAAGUUAGAACCAGCAACAUAACUCCUGCACUUUUCUUGAUUGAAAGACUUUGGGGAAACUGGAGCCUUAAAAUAACGAACACACACACACACACACACACACACACGUAUUCUCUGACAAACUAUGACUUUUAAAGGGUGAAUUAUGACAGUCCUGUCCUUGUAUUUGAUUGAUGGUACCUGAGAGGGUUUUUGAACAAAAAACAGUUUUGAUAUGGUUUCAUGAAAAUAGGUCAGUAAGAUACUUCAAAUAAGUAACAGAAACAUAGUAUACAAAAAAAUGGGCAUGACUGGAUGAGACCCAUCCUGGCAGUUUCAAGAUCAGCACUUUCAUGUUUUCAGAACUGAGUUAACUGUAAACCAAGUAUUUAAAGUCAGAGUCUUUCUAAUAUAAAUACACUGUUUAUGUACUACUCUGUUCUAUAAAUUUAUGAAAGUCUCUACAGCUUGAAAAAGCUGCUUUUCCCUCUUCGUUUCUUGUGCUAUGAAUCAGCCUUGUGGUUGAGAACUCGUUAUUAAUGAAUUUUCAAUAUGUAAUAAAACAAUUAAUUUCCUAAAAUUGCUCUGUUACAGCAUCAGCAUAUAAAAUUAUUUUAAAAAUGCCCGAAACACUAAACUUCUCUUUUAGGCACAACUGAAAGUAUUUUUUAAAAGCUGUCUUUCGUUAAAAUGCAUACAUGAUUUUUGUUAAAUGUGUGUGCAUGUGGACUUUGGGAGAAGGAUGUGUUAUCUCUUCAUGCAAACUGGUGAAGUUGAAUAUAACUGUGAGCAACAGGUAUUUAUUUUUCACUUGCAAUAAAUUUUACAACAUGUAUUUUACACUUGUUUGAAUCUUAUGCUGCUAGUAGUUACAGUUUAAGAUUUUACUAUCAUUUAGGUUUUGAAAUCUAGUGAUUUGAAAGUAAAUGUUUUGAUACAUCUAACAAUCUCUUAUAAAACUGAGUAAUGGUAUGCCAUUUUACUGUAGUUUAAAUAAUUUUGUAAACUAAUCAGGGCAGGGACUGUGGAUUGUGUCCUUGGAGCACUGAGAGUGCAUUGUCAGGGUGUAAAUAAAACCAAAUUCAUAUUUA